AUGGUGGUUCCCACGGGCGGGGCAAGCGCGGAGGCCGAAAAUCUUCGCCAGAAGCGGUUGAUGGGCAAGAAGGAAGAGGGCUCGCCGACGGCGGCGGCCGACGCCAAGAUUCUUCCUCAGAAGCGCCCGCCGGGCAAGAAGGGCGGGGGCUCGCCGACGGCGGCGGCCGACGCCAGGAUUCUUCCUCAGAAGCGCCCGCCGGGCAAGAAGGGAGAGGGGUCGCCGCCGGCAGCGGCGGAGACCAAGAAUCUUCUUCGGAAGCAAAUGUUGGGCAAGAAAGGAGAGGGCACGCCGACUGCAGCCCCGGACGCCAAGAAUCCUUACCUGAAGCAGCCGGCCGGCGAGAAUGCAGUUGGCUCGCGGACGGCCUCCGCGGACGAAACCUCUGACGGCGAGCAGUUGCUGAGCUUAUCUGAAGCUCUGUAUUCGAAGAGUUACGGUGAUGUACCGGUGGAGGUGUUCAUGACUGUGCCGGUCCGGCGGCCUCUUGACCGGCUCAAUCUGGCAGAUAUCAGCCGUGAAGCCGCAGGCAGGAUUGUGCUGGUGCAGGGCUUUGCGCAGACGAUAAAGAAGGUGAACAAGAACAUUACUCUGGUAGUCCUCAGAGAGGGUUUGAGCAGUAUCAAGUGUGUCGUGUUGGCGGAUGAUCUGGGGAUAUGCGAGGACAUGGUUACUUUCAUCCGGAAGCUGAAUAAGGAAAGCUUUGUUGAAGUUGAAGGACUAAUUGAGACGAUGCGUGGCACCCAGCAGAUUCGAGUCAAGAAGCUAUACUGUAUUGACGAGGCGGGUGGACUCCCAUUUCAGCUCGAGGAUGCAGCCCCAGGAGCACAUAAACAGUUUGACACGCAUUUGCUCGGCGGCUGA